AAUAAUUUGUGACACCGAACACACCAUCAUUGUUUACAAGCAGAAGAAAAUUGUCUUUUUCUCGCUAAAAUAAUUUCCCGUAUAAUUGCUCAGUAAUUAGAAGAUUCAGGAAAAAGUUGUUUAAAGUAAUCAAGCACUUCUUAACUUAAAUCCGAGUUAAAAGAUCCCGUGAGCCAUUGCCAUGCAGCAGAACAAAACACCUCCAAGUUAUGGGUUCAUGCCACAACCAAAUGCGCCACCACCAUCAUAUGAACAGGCAAUGGGAGUAGGUCCCAUUCCUGGACAGGCUCAUUUUGUACCAACACACACUGUUCCAGUCUAUAAUCCACCUGGCGCUGGCGCCACACCGGUUGUGACUCAACAAAUUGUCACACAAGUGGUUACCAUUGGUCCUCAUAGCACACACAUGAUUUGUCCGAGUUGUCAUGCCGAUAUCAAUUCGAAAACGCGAAGUAACCCUGGUCUUAUUGCAUGGGUGUCUGGAUUUUUAAUUGCACUUUUUGGCUGUUGGUUUGGAUGCUGCCUCAUUCCCUGCUGCAUUGAUGAAUGUAUGGAUACGCAUCAUUAUUGUCCGAAUUGCAAUGCGUAUCUCGGAAGACACGGAAGAGUUUAACCGCAAACCAUUCAAGACAUGAACAUAAAACGAAACUACGGGAAUCGAGACAAAGAAUCUUCUUUCUUAUUUAAAAUAUUUACAUACAUAAUUAAUUAGAUGUUGGUUGGGCAUAACAUCACAAUCACGCGAAUCAGCCUUAAAAUUUGUACACAGUCCCCUUCUUCCUCCAUCAUUCUCUCCAACAUUUGUUACAGCAACUUCCUCGAAUUUAGCGAAACUAUUUUAGUUGUAUUUAAGAGUGAUACAAAUUUGUAUAUUCCGUUUACUGGGUUUGCUUGAUUGAACCCAAACAUUAGCUCUUAAGUAUUUCAAUGUAACUUAUUGGACUUAUUGCCAAAAAAUAUUUGAAUUAAAUGUUCACUAGUAAAAUAAAUGUUUCAUUAUUUGUGAAGC